AUGUUAUACCUCAACAGAGAGNUUGGGGCUCUGUGCCAGCGUACAGCUGCCAACGAGUGUUGCCCUAGCUGGUCCCUGGGCAACUAUGUGGCCGUGCUCUCCAACCGCUCCUCUUGCCUGGACACUACUCAAGCAGAUGCAGCCCACAUCCUGGCCCUGCUGCGAGUCUGUGCCCUCUACUACCACCGUGGUGCCCUGGUGCCCUCUUGUCUGGGACCCGGGAAGAACAAGGCCCCAAACUGUGCCCAGGUCCCCACCAAGUGCUCCCAAAACAGUGCAGUCUACCAACUCCUGCACUUUCUGCUGGACAGAGACUUUCUGAGUCCCCAGACUGCUGACUACCAGGUACCCUCCCUCAAGUACAGCCUGCUCUUUCUGCCCACCCCAAAGAGUGCCUCCUUAAUGGGCAUCUACCUGGACCGCCUAGCCACCCCCUGGGAGCUCUCUGACAACUACACAUCCAUCACUGGCAUGGACCUGGGCCUCAAGCAAGAAUUGCUGAGGCACUACCUGGCCCAGGAUACGGUAUACCCCUUGUUGGCCCUGGCUGCCAUCUUCCUCAGCAUUGCCCUCUAUCUGCGCUCCCUCUUCCUGACGUUCAUGGUGCUGCUCGGGGUGCUAGGCUCCCUGCUGGUUGCCUUCUUUCUUUACCGAGUGGCCUUCCGCAUGGCCUACUUCCCUUUCAUCAAUCUGGCGGCCCUCGUCCUGCUCAGCAGCGUCUGUGUCAACCAUACCCUCAUCUUCUUCGACCUAUGGCGCCUCAGCAAGAGCCAGCUGCCCUCUGGGGGGCUGGCACAGCGUGUGGGCCGCACCAUGCACCACUUUGGCUACCUGCUGCUGGUCUCAGGCCUCACUACGGGCGUGGCCUUCUAUGCCAGCUACCUGAGCCGCCUCCCGGCUGUGCGCUGCUUCGCCCUCUACAUGGGCACUGCUGUGCUGACGCACCUGGCGCUCACGCUGGCCUGGCUGCCCUCCUCUGCUGUGCUCCACGAGCGCUACCUGGCGCGCGUCUGUGCGUCCCGGGCGCAGGGCCCGUGGGACGGCAGCGCCCCCCGGCGGCUAGCGCUGGCGCUGCACCGGCGGCUCCGCGGUCUUCGGAGGGCUGUGGCCAGUACCUCGCGUCUGCUCUUCCAGCGCCUACUGCCCUGUGGCGUCAUCAAGUUCCGCUACAUAUGGAUCUGCUGGUUCGCUGCGCUGGCGGCAGGGGGCGCCUACAUCGCCGGCGUCAGCCCGCGCCUGCGGCUGCCCACUCUGUCCCCACCCCGCGGCCAGGUCUUCCGGCCUAGCCACCCCUUCGAGCGCUUCGACGCAGAGUACCGGCAGCAGUUCCUGUUUGAGUGGCUGCCUGAGGGUGAGGGCGGUCACAUGCCUGUGGUUUUGGUGUGGGGCAUCCUGCCUGUAGACACUGGCGACCCCCUGGACCCCCGCAGCAACAGCUCACUGGUGAGAGAUCCUGCCUUCUCGGCCAGCGGUCCUGAUGCCCAGCGCUGGCUCUUGGCACUCUGCCAUGGAGCUCGGAAUCAGAGCUUCUUUGGAACCCAGCCAGAGGGCUGGCCCACUCUAUGCUUCAUGGAGGCCCUCCAGCGCUGGAUGCAGAGCCCCAGUUGCGCCCGCCUGGGGCCUGGCCUCUGCUGUGGUCAUUCUGACUUCCCCUGGGCACCCCAGCUUUUCCUGCACUGCCUCAAGAUGAUGGCUGUAGAGCAAGGCCCCCAUAGCACCAGUGACCUGGGACCCCGGUUCAAUACCCAGGGCAGCCUGGUGGCACUGGUCCUGCAGUUCCAGACCAACUUCCAGUACAGUUCAGACUACAGCCAGGCCCACCACUUCUACACUGAGGUCAGCCACUGGCUGGCAGCAGAACUGGGAAGAGCACCUUCUGGCCUCCGCCACGGUUGGUUCACUAGCCGCCUGGAGCUGUACAGCCUGCAGUGCAGCCUGAGCACUGAGCCUGCUGUGGUGUUGGCGCUGGCUCUGGCACUGGCCUUUGCCACACUGCUGCUAGGAACCUGGAAUGUUCCACUUAGCCUGUUCUCUGUGGCAGCUGUGGCAGGCACCGUACUGCUCACUGUGGGGCUCCUGGUUCUGCUCGAGUGGCAGCUCAACACUGCCGAGGUCCUCUUUCUCUCUGCCUCUGUGGGCCUCUCUGUAGACUUCACUGUCAACUACUGCAUCUCCUAUCACCUGUGCCCACACCCUGACCGCCUGAGCCGCGUGGCCUUCUCGCUUCGCCAGACCAGCUGCGCCACCGCAGUGGGGGCUGCUGCCCUGUUUGCAGCCGGUGUACUCAUGCUGCCUGCCACAGUGCUGCUCUAUCGCAAGCUAGGCAUCGUCCUCAUGAUGGUCAAGUGUGUCAGCUGUGGCUUUGCAAGCUUCUUCUUCCAAUCUCUGUGCUGUUUCUUUGGACCAGAGAAGAACUGUGGACAGAUCCUCUGGCCUUGUGCCCACCUGCCAUGGGACACUGGAACUGGAGGGCCUGGUGAGGAGAAGGCAGGCUGCCCACGACCGGGGCCAGUGGGAGGAGCUCUUGUGUCCUGCUCAGAACAAUACGAGCUACAGCCCCUGGCCCGGCGCCGGAGCCCCAGCUUUGAUACCAGCACUGCCACCAGCAAGCUGUCCCACCGGCCUUCUGUGCUCUCUGAAGACCUACAGCUGCACGAUGGCCCCUGCUACCCCCGGCCCCCAUUGGCCCCUGCCUCCCCAAGAGAGCUGUUUCUGGACCACCAGACAGUCUUCAGCCAGUGCCCAGCCCUGCAGACCUCCUCCCCCUAUAAGCACACCGGCCCCAGCCCCAACACCAGAGCUAGGCAGGACUCUCAAGGGCAGAAGGCCAAGCCCGGGCAGGCCUCACCCAAAGCCACAGACCACUCCCCCAAGCCCGAGGCUGUGGAGCCUCCUGAUUGCCUCUGCUCCUCAGCCAGUACCCUGGAGGGGCUCAGUGUCUCUGAUGAGACCUGCCUAAGUACCUCUGAACCCAGUGCCCGUGUACCAGAUUCCAUGGGUGCCUCCCCAGAGGACCUGGACAAAACUGAGCAAACAAUACCUGAGCGUGGCCAGCUGAACAGGAAGCGGGACACCCUGUGGCUGGCACUGAGGGAGACCGUGUAUGAUCCAUCACUGCCCGCCUCCCACCAGAGCAGCUUGUCCUGGAAGGGCCGUGGGGGACCAGGGGAUGGCAGCCCUGUGGUGCUGCCCAACAGCCAGCCAGAUCUGCCAGACGUUUGGCUGCGCAGGCCCAGCACCCACACUUCAGGCUACAGUAGCUGAGGGAGGCCCCGGGAAGACAGACCAGGCACAGAGUCCGUCAGGGAUGACAAGGCAGGGGCAGCACCAGGCUGGAGCCUGAUGGUGCUUCCCCACAUCAGCACGGAGCAGUCUCACCCUCCAGUUGUGGAUUUGAAAUGCUGCCAGAUGUUCCCAUCCUGGUCUGAACUGCUGCUUACUCCCCUUAUCUGGAGGAUCCAGUGGGGAGGAUCUUUGGCAGGAAACACCAAGCCCUCCUUGUGACCUGCUGAGGGCUCAUUUGCCCCCACAGCUCCAACCAGGACCCACCCUCUGGAAGGGGGAAGGCCAGAUAUAUAGCUCCAGGUAUGAGGGGCCAAAUGGCAAGAAUUUCAGUGGGACUAAGGGACAUGUGUCUUGAGACCCUGUCAGGAUACCUCACAACUGAAAGAGCCCUGGGGAACCUCGGUAGCCUCCUGGUCCUCAUACCUUUCAGGGACUCUUUCAUCAAGACACUUCUUUUACUUUGGGGAGCAUCUCUAGGCCAGGAUUGGGCUGGGGCCUCUGUCCUGAAUGCCCAAACCCCUCAUGCUUCCAAGGCAGAUGAGAAAUUCAUCAAUGCCAGGCUUGGGGGUGAAGCAAGAGAAGAAGGGAUGGUCAGCUUCAGAGCAUCUCCAAAUUGCAGGAUGGCCCCUCAUAGGAAGCAACUCUGGCAUUGGGAGAUGCCGCCCCUGUUAACAAACAAUAAGAAUCCUCUACAUCCCUGCAUUUUUUAGGUUACAGAACACUUGGGCAACCAUGGUGUCCCUUGGGUCUCACCACUUUGCUCUGGGGCAGCCUGCAGUUGGCCAUGUCCUUUAUCUCCAGUUUACAGGUAAAGAUGUUGAGACUACAUAAGGUCAAGUGAUUUAUCCGAAGGCACAUACAUAGCUAGUAAAUGGCAGAACAGGGUUCCUGACUCACUUCUUGACACAUGUUCCUCCUGGCUUCCUGCCCCAAGGCCACUGGCCUCUGACUGUCUUGAUCUUUUCACCCCUGUCUCCUUGCUGUUGCCACCUGCCUUGGCAGGUGUCUCUGAGUAAAUGCCCCUCUCCUCUUUAGGUUGCCAUCUCCAGAGAGAGCUACCCUGUGAGCAAACCAGAGCUCCUCCCCAUUAAGCCUGGGCUUCCCCCGGACCCAACUGAGGCCCCUACCAGCAGCCAUGGGGCAUCCUGGCUGCUCUGAUUCCCAGGGUUAGGUGUAGGGGCAUGCAUCUGCCAGGCCACAGUGUAGGGAGAGCCCCUACCAGGAGAGGCACCAAGGGCAGUAAAAGUUAAGCAGAAUUCAGUUAAGGCAGGAGCUCAGGCCUGCCCUUUUUAGGAGUGUGUGUUCCCUAGGCAGGGGUCCCCAUCUUUAUAAGGACAGGUCUCUUGGGGGCCACUCAGCAGACCAAGGGCUGACUCCUCCUCCCCAAAGCAAAGAGUCUUUCUGGAAGGGUUUAUCCCAUGUGAGCUCAUGACUCUGGAAGCAUCAAGUUUACUCAACACCUACUCUGCAUAAGGACUACAAGGGGACAGAGUCAUUGAAGGAAAAUGGAACAUCUGCCUCAAGAAGCUCACCAUCCAGCUAGGGAUACAGUUCACACAUACCUGCAGGCAUCAGUGGCUCACGGAUGGUACUGCACAGUGCACGCUGAGGGCCCUAUGCCUGUCACCAUUUGUAUUGCUGGAACUCAAAUACUCAGGACUGGGUAACCAGGAAGACUUCCUAGAGGAAGAACAGCUUGAGCUGGGUUUCUGAAGUCCCAAGUAUCUCAGACUAGAAGGGACUUUAACUAUCCCUUAACCAUUCCAGUGGUUUUCAAACUUUGUUGCCUCAGGACCCUUUCUUCAAAGAAUCUUUGUGUGGAAACACAGUAUACAAAACAGAUAAAAAGCAGCUAUUCUAGUAAUGCCAGGGUGGGGGGAGUACAGAGCCAACUCAGCCUCCCUUUCUACACCUCUUAGGGGGCCCAGGGAGCCCCUCAAACUCCUGGCACCUGUACAGAAUGUGGUGUGAAAACCGCUGAUCCAGGCUGUUUUAUAGAUGAGUAUCCCAGAGGGGAAAGGAUUUUUCUAGAGCCAGUGUGUGGCAGAGCUGGAGGCAAAUCAGGGGGUGCUUUUUUCCCGCUAUAUUGUCAAGGUGUCCUAUCACCCACCUCAAGUAGCCCUUGAGAAGUGGGGCAGAAACACAAAUGAGACGCAAGACUUGUUGAAGAGACAGAAGACAAUGGGCAGGAAUGACAGGACACAGUGGCUCUUUUGCAAGGUAAAAGUAAAUCAAACCCAUUUGACUCCUGACACCAGGAAUGGGAAGCAGUGACUAGGACCUAACUUGGACCUGUCCCCCUGCAGUCUGCUGGGACCUCUCUCUCUUCAUGUCCAAGUGGAACUCAGCCUCUCUGGCCUAGGGCUGGUCAUCAGGGUCCUGGCCUCUCUGCACCAUGACCAUGUCCUCUUGUUAUUACACAGCAAGGGCCAGAGAGCCUUGGUCUCAUCUGGGACAAUCAAAGACAAUGUGACCCCUUCUUCCUGAGCAUGAUCAGAAGUCUGGCCUCAAAAAGAGAGGCCAGCAUCUUCGUUGCUUGUCGGUAACUCAUCGAGGCUCCUCUGCCCCAGGUUGUAGGAGGGCAACAGGGACCUGGACCAAAAGGACCUACUCCUCCACACCCUCUUUUGUGUCUUGCAAAUGGAGACAUUGGUGUCUGGAGACAGAGCUUCAAAACCUUUGCCUGAACACAAUUGAAAUGUUACAUUAUUUGAAGGGUG